GGCUGUGACUCACCACCGUCGCCGGCUGACGUGGACGCCAUGACAUCCCUGGUGAUGGUGCGCAAGGCAGAGAAAAGUGACAACAUGGUCGUUCAAAUCAACCGGACAUUCGCCUUCUACAUGUGCGAGGGGCCAGGCUUUGUGUUCAACUUCCUCGUUGACUUUCCACUCAGGAACCAAAUGGCUCUGUGGUGUGAGGACCGGCGACCGGGUGUCUGGUACCCAACUGAUGUGGUACCACGCUGUCUGCCUGAAAGUGUGAAGCUACAAACGAGCCUUGGUGGGAAGGAAGACUCUCUUCUUGCUGCUCUCAUGCUGUUCCGCAUGACAACCCGCGGAACUGUGCCAUUCCUCGACGUGAACCCGGACACGGGGCUCAUGAGUACAGCCGGAGUGACGUUGGUCAAGUCGGCUUUCAAGACUCUCGAGGAUUCUUUGGGCUCAUCAUCUGUGGACGCACUGGAAGCAGCUGUGGCCGAGGUCGGCCGCAACGCGUUCUCGCGACGAGACCCAUUCUCCUAUGACGACAUCCUGGCUAUGGCUGUGGCAGCGCAGAAGGCGAAUGACCCGAAUACAGCUGCUGCCACUGGUGUGCUCUAUGGACAGACCCGGGCGUCGUCGGACAAGAAAGUCACUGGCACGAUUGGCGCUCUCAUUGGGGCAGGAGUUUUCAUCGCCAUAUUUAUGAUGUGCACCAUUAUGUCCAGAAUGAGGGGCGGCUGAAAUCAUCCCGUCGGCCAUCUUGACGAUUACUUGUACAGUAUGUGCAUACCGUAUAUGCAGUACAGUACGUGCUCUUCGGACGACUGCAACUUUCCCGUUUUCAAUUCAAUUUCCGAUUCUUUCAACUGUAUUGAAACAUUUAUUUCCCCUCUAUUCGCGCUUGGUGUGAUGCGUACGUGUUUGCGUGUGAAUGCUGCUGCGUCUUGCCAAAAUGAAUGUGCAUGAGUGAGAUGAACGGAAUACAUGCUUGACACGAGAAAUCAUGCUGUCUGUCAACAUUCUCGCGGGUUUCAAUUUUAUUAUUAUGCCGAUUCGAUUUCUUUAUCGUGUGGUCUGCUAAUUUGAUUGACGGACUGGCUGCUGCAGAUCUUGCCGAACAACUUAAUCUCCUAAUUUUUUUGCAUGACUCAUCAGAAGAUAAUCGCAUCGCGAUGAUUUUCAGAGGACUAAAAAUAAAUUCGUGAUGCAGAAGAAACUGGCUUAUGUAUCGUGAGUUGAUCACCUUGAACCAGAAAAGAAGAUGUUUUUGUGAGCACAAUUUUUGAAGAUCGUUCCUUUUGUGCGUAACAUUUCAGCGAUAAAUAAAAUAAGGCCAUAUUUGUUGUCCAAAUUAAAUAAAA